AACAUUUACACGAGAAAGUUGACAAAGGCUGCAACAGCGGAGGAGGCCUUCGCAAACAAAGAGGCCCAUUUAUAGAGUACAGUGAGGGAGAGACACGGGGAGGGAGGGUAUGAGGAGAAGCUGGGAGGAGAGUUGAAUUAAUGAAUUAAAAAUGUCGUGAUACAGCGGCUGUCUGAAGACUUUUGGGUUUAUAUAGAGAGGCAUGCAGGGGGGGUCCUGGAGGAGUGGACAGCACAGGCUACUUCCCUCUGCCCGGGACACACGGGGCUUCCAGCUUCACAUGCAGGACGGAGAGCGAACUGUGCUCAUCUGAUUACAUAAUGACCCAGUAACAGUGAGCCAGAACCGGCACCGCCAGUACCAGUGUGCUGGGAGACACCGACUCACCGCCGGUUUAUCCUCACCCGGGCCUCUCUUUUUGCUAUUUCAUGUUUUUUUUCAAAGAGUUUGUUUUUGCAAUUCUAUUUCUUAAAAUGUAUAGGAUGACAACGACGUAGAGGGACCGCAAAAAGAACACAAACAAUGUGAUGUCAACGUGAGAGGUGCUGUGAAAAGAAACAUGCUCGGGCUGUCAACAAGUGCGUGUCGUUCAAAACCGUGAACUUCUCUCCUCUUGUUUUCAACCUUCUUCCCUCCACGACAGAUCGAACUGUGCGCUGUCUGUCUUUUUCACAUGUCUGCUGGACAGUGAAACUAAAUCCAAGUGAACUUCUGUUCCAAGUCAACAGAAAGCACCGGCCAUGACCUCAGCCACUCAGCCCUCCUCUGAAGGCUCCUCUCCUCAGAAAGUGUGCCACUCCCAGACGCAGACUGACAUCACCAAGCCCCUGCUGGGCUCCACAGGUGGGACCGGAGGUGCUGGUGCAGGUGGAGCAGGAACGGGAGCUGCAGGGCCCUGCGCUCUGCGAAGGAGGCGCCGCGUCCUCUCGAAAGACGGGCGAAGUAAUGUACGCAUCGAGCAUGUAAGCGGGCGAGGGGCGUUGUACCUCCGAGACCUCUGGACGACUUUCCUAGACAUGCAGUGGCGCUACAAGUUCUUCCUCUUCUCCGCCACCUUCGCUGGGACCUGGUUCGUGUUCGGAGUGCUUUGGUACCUGGUGGCAUUGGUGCAUGGAGAUCUCCUGGAGUUUGACCCCCCCUCCAACCAUACUCCAUGCGUAAUGGAGGUGAAGACCCUGACGGGAGCCUUCCUCUUCUCUCUGGAGUCUCAGACCACAAUUGGCUACGGCUUCCGGUGCAUCACCGAGGAGUGUCCCGGCGCCAUUGUCCUGCUCAUCUUUCAGCUGGUCAUCACCAUGGUGAUGGAGAUCUUCAUCACCGGCACUUUCCUUGCAAAGGUCGCUCGUCCCAAGAAGAGAGGCGAGACAGUGAAGUUUAGUCAACACGCUGUCGUGUCAACUCACGAGGGUCGGCCCUGCCUCAUGAUCCGAGUGGCCAACAUGCGCAAAAGCCUGCUGUUAGGAUGCCAGGUGACGGGGAAGUUGCUUCAGACGUCGCUGACCAAGGAGGGCGAGACGGUGCGGCUGGACCAGCGCAACGUGCCCUUCCAGGUGGACACAUCCAGCGACAGCCCCUUCCUCAUCAUCCCCCUGACUUUCUACCACAUCAUCGACGACAACAGCCCCCUCAGGGCCUGGGCAGCAAAAGGUGGUGGCUGGACAGACCCGGAAGUGGCUGACUUUGAGCUGCUAGUGAUCAUGAGCGCCACGGUUGAGCCGACCUCCGCCACCUGUCAGGUCCGAACAUCCUACCUUCCGGAUGAGAUUCUCUGGGGCUACGAGUUCCCCCCCGUCGUCUCCCUGUCCCCCUCCGGGAAAUAUGUGGCCGAUUUCACCUUCUUUGACAAAGUGGCCAAAACUAAAACCCCACCGCUCUUCAAGCAGGCCUUGCCACCGAGCCCGCCGUCGCAGGCGUCUCGUGGCCACAGAGGCAAGGAGGCUGGGAUGGACCCAGAGAAGAUGCGACUGGAGGAGAACUACAGGGGGGAGGAGAAGGGGCGAGAAAGGGGGCGCAGCCCUCACAGUGUGCGUAUUAGUAAUGUCUGAGGUAAAAGAGAAGUAACAGGAAGUGGUAACGGAAAGCUGAUGUGAAAGUCAUACAAGAUAUAAGCAGGAAGAAAAGAAACAAGCUGCUCACAAAAAACACCUCCCCCACUUGUACGCAAAACCCUCAGCCUGCGGAUAUGAGAGAGAGACACCUGGAACCACAAGACUGUGGGCUAUAUACUGUAGGCCUACUGAACUGUAUCACUUCAAAGGGAGCAAGUUACAAACCCAACAUGUACAAAUGUACAGCAAGUCGUCCGUAGAGACACAUCUUAUCGGGUCAUAUAUGUCUAUGAUUUAGCCCUAUAGGGUUUUUAGUAAUAACAAAAUCUAAUUCCAAUAGAAAUCAACCUAUUUCAAGACUUUUCUAGUAACGAACUUUUCCUUCAACCUAGAAGGAAUACGAAAAGUUAACCUGAUUUCAGAAAUGGAAAAAGUUGAUUUCUAUUUCUGUUAUAAGAAAAUAAGAACUCAACUACAGAAAAAUUGACUUGAUACGAUUUUUUUUCAGUGUAGUUAAACGUCUGAACGUCUAGCUAAUCACUGAAUCACAGUACUGUGUUUUUUUUUUUUUGCUUUUUUUUUAAAUUAACAAAAUACCUGCAAAAGGUGGCGAGAAAACUGGAACCACAUUAUAUUUUUAAUGAGGGAUUUUAUAAUAUUUUAUGCACCCAAUAGUCUUUAACAGCAUCAUUACUUGUUGCACCUGCAAAAUAUUCAGCUCUUUCAUAUGAAUGUCUUUUCUUGUUUAUUGGGGGAAAAUAUAUUUAGUAAUAUUACUAAAAGCACUUUAACUUGACAGAAACGUGGCAUUUCACACAAGGGGAAUAACUGAACUAACUCUUAUACUUAAUGCACUCUAAUAAAUGAUUACAUCUUGUGAUUAUGUUUGUGAGUGUGAGUGUGAGUGUGCGUUGUUAUGCCUGAAAAUGAGUUAAAUCGUGUUUGUAUGAGCCUUUUUGUGAACUCUCUUAUGUACAGCAUGUGUGUGAUAAUGUACCUCUGUACAGUGUAUAAAAAUAUGUUUUUCCGAUAUUGUUCAUAACUGUACGUCCUGGCAUUUGAUACACCACUCUGCAUUUUCAACAUCCCAUAUCGUCGAUGCACAAUGUUAUUUCUUUUAAGUACAGUGUUCCCGUCUUUUUACUGCCGUCAGUUCCUCCAAACAUUGGUUAUGAAAGUGCCAAUGUGUGUCUAAUCAACAGCCUUUUUGUAUUGGAUAAGUACAUACAUUUGGAUAAAAAUUAUAUUUUUCUCCUUUUAUUCUAUAUUGAAAUGGCGACAGACGCAUCAAAAUGAAAUCAAAUAGUGGAACUUGUUCCUUGAGGACAAAAAAUGAGACAAAGAUUAGGAAGACCUUUUUCUAUUCUUAAAAUUGUUUUUGUUUGAAUGGCCAACGACGCAUGUUAUUAAAACCAGUAAUAUGCAUCAUGAUCUGUGAUAAAUGUGUGCUCUUGGUGGAGAUUAAGUGUUCAAAAUGAAAUCAUCUGCUGCUCCAGACGAGCCCAAUGGAAACUAUUGAAAAUAACUGAACAUAUUUCAGAAUCAAUGUGUGCUGAGAGGUUGUGCGUGUUUAUACUGUAAAGCCUUCUGUAUACUGUAUGUGGAUCACUCACUUUGGUCUAACUUGAUAAGUAAGCACUUUCUAAGUGGCUGUUUUAAUAAAUGUAGCCUGUCAUUUACAACAUG